AUGGUUCCUGCUCCAAUCGAUCCCAGCAUCAAGGAUGUUGCCGAGCCUAUCAAGGACUCUCUCAAGCUGCCCGCGCCGGCUCGGGAGAGACUUGAAAAGGCAGGCAUAGACCUUUCUAAGGGCUACCCUUAUCGUCCCUCGCGUCCGCUAUUUCUGCAAGACGUGUACAAGAUCCGUGAUCAGCCUCGUGACUAUGUCGACGCAGGAGCUAGGGCAGACAAGUCCAAGAAGAACCUUUUCUCUGCGGCGACAAAGGUUACCGACUUGACUGCCCACAUCGGAACAGAAAUCGAGGGCCUGCAGCUCAAGGACCUCACAAACGAGCAGCGUGACGAACUUGCCUUGCUAAUUGCUGAGCGAAGCGUCGUCUUCUUCCGAGACCAGGACCUCAGCCCUCAGCAGCAGAAGGAGCUUGGCGAGUGGUACGGAGAGGUCGAGGUUCAUCCCCAAGUUGCCCAAGUCCCAGGCCUUCCAGGUGUUUCAAUCAUUUGGCCUGACCUUCAAGCCACGGAACGACCCGCGACCUUUCGCCAGCCUGGAGGUGCAUCAAGAUGGCACACAGAUCUCGUCCACGAGCGUCAGCCUGCUGGAAUCACUCAUCUUCACAAUGACACAGUUCCUAGUGUUGGUGGAGACACACUCUGGGCCAGCGGAUAUGCUGCCUACGAGAAGCUGUCACCAGAGUUCCGCAAGAUCAUUGACGGAAGGUCCGCUGUGUAUCGGUCCGCACACCCCUAUCUGGACCGAGAUGAUCCCGAGGCUGGUCCCAAGUACAUCGAGCGGAUUCACCCGUUGGUUCGAGUUCAUCCUGCAACCGGUUGGAAGGCCCUUUGGGUCAACCGUGCCAUGACCGACAGGAUCGUGGGACUUGACAAGGCCGAGAGCGACAUAAUUCUUGGGUAUCUGUAUGAUGUAUACGAGAAGAACAUUGACAUUCAGUUGCGCUGGAGAUGGACACCCCGAACUUCUGUUCUCUGGGACAACCGCUGGGACUACAGUGGCAAGGAGCCACGGCAUGGAACUAGAGUGACAUCGUUGGCCGAAAAGCCAUACUUUGAUGCUGCAGCUCCUACACGACGAGAGGCUCUGGGGCUGCUUGGCGAAAGCGAGAAGGAGGAACUCGAGGCCUCCAAGUAG